AUCAGAAAAGAGUAGCUUCCCCCAAACCUUGACUUUAAAAAAUACAGUAUGCUAUUACUUUUUUGAGGUGUUGAUUGCUCUGGAGGAACUGCUGGCUUGAAGGGGUUCAAUCAUAUCACACUUUUUGGGGAUGGAGUUUGUGUGUACUAUUUAAUUCACAAAGUGUACCCGCUUAAUUUUGUAGGGAUGUUCUGAUACCAAGAACUUAAAUAUACCAUACCUGUUCUCUUACAGAUAUACUACUGGUUUCCCUGUAUUGUAUGAUUAUGGUAAUUUGGUAGAACCUGUUUUUGAGUAGCUAGUUAACUCUUACUAAGGUAGACUGUUCAGGGAAAGGGGAGCUACAAUUCUUGAAAGUGUCCCCCUCCUAUAAUAUUAAAACUUGGGGGCAUAUCUAGAAGCAACACAACUUUUCAUGAUACCCCAUUAAUUUUAAGGAUUUGAUUGCAGAUUUUAAAGUAUUAUUUGCAUUUCUGAGACAUUUCUUUCAUUAUAAUUUUUUUUUAGUAAUAUACUGUUGUCUGGGAAUAGAUGCUGCCAAGGUGUAUCAGUUUUGGAUGAUCUGGGGUAUAAGAGAACUUGGGGUGGAGCUACAUACGGCAGAAUCAUAUUUAUUUGAGAAGGCGGUUAUGUGUGUCUGGAUUAUUUGGAGGUUGCACUAACCCAGAAGGAAACAAUAGCAGCUACCUCAGUCGACACCAUCAAAAUUCAACAGAUUAACUUUGUUUUAACAAGUGCCCUCAAACUUGAGGGCAAUUAUAUAUCAAUUUUCUUGGGAAUAAUAUUGUGUGAGGGGGUGGUGGGCUUUUCCACACCCCCGAAUGCUCCCUCAAGCCAUGUCAGCUUUUGGGGAUGCCCAUGAGUGGUAUAUGGGGGCUCUGAGCCGGCAAGAAGCAGCUGCAUGUCUCCAGGGACAUCGCCACGGAACGUUCCUGGUACGGGACAGUACCAUGUGCCCUGGUGACUAUGUACUCUCUGUCAGCGGGGACUCCAAGGUAUCUCACUACAUCAUAAACAGCCUCCCUGGGCGCCUGCGGAUCGGGGAACAUGAAUUUGAUGGCUUCCCUGCUCUUCUAGAUUUCUACUGCCUCCACUACCUAGACACAACUACUUUGGUGGCCCCCAUGGGUCGGGUUGUGGCCCCUGCCUCUGCCCAGCCACCUCCUGCUGGUGAAUGGGUCUGUGCCCUCUACGACUUUGUAGCCCGCAAUCAGGAAGACCUCCCCUUCACCAAAGGGGAACCACUGAGGGUGCUGGCCAAGCCUGAAGAGCAGUGGUAGACAGCCCAGUGUGCAGAUGGCAGUGUGGGUAUGAUACCUGUGCCGUAUGUCCAGCCCUGUCCAUAUGCUCACCCCAGCAGCCAUGGUGCUCCGUGCCACGCACCGAUCAUAGCGAGAGCGAUGCCGCGAAGGGUGCCGGGUGCCGGCGACAAGACAGCGCUGGCCUUUGAGGUGGGUGACCUCAUUGCUGUCACCAAGAUGAAUGUCAAUGGCCAAUGGGAGGGGGAGCUGAAUGGGCGCCAUGGCCAUUUCCCCUUCACCCACGUCAAGGUCUUGGACCCUGAAGAAGCCAGCUGAGCAUUUGAUGCAAUCCUUGGAACACUGACUUUCCAUAAAGGGGCCAUGACCCCUGAUCUCUGACCUAAGCUUGUGAACUUCUGACCAUCUUGAACAUUGUACUUCCUUGAAUUUUGACCUGCCCAGUGGGCAUUAUUGAUCAUUCAGUUCAUUGAUAUUCAGCUCCUUGGAUAUGGACAUCUUCUACCACUUUGAACUCCUUAACUCAUGAACCUUGUUCUUUGACUUGCUGUACUUAAAUGCUGUGGUAGUUGACCCUAUAAACUUUUAUCCUUAUGGGGACUCUUUCAUAUUUCCUCCCUAAGAACAUUGAUCCUUUGGCCUUGUGAUUUUCGACUGAUUAUGUGCCCUUGAUUCUUGCAACUCUGCAUCCUGUGACCUGUGACUUCAGAAACUCUGCGCUUUGAUUAUUGACCCCUUACCCUUGUGUAGUUUUCAUUUGAUCCUGUUCACGAGUGUUGGGAGGGACACGGGGAGUGCUUGGCUUUGACUGGAUGACUGGCAGGAGUCCUCCCCACCCCUCAUACGAAACUUGCUCCACUUGUUGUCUGUUCCAAACCACCUUGUUAAUUAAAGUUUCCUGCUAAU